AUGCGCUGUCAUAGAUUCUACUCCUUCCGCCGCCAUCCGCUAUACUCAGCAUUCCGGAUACUGGUCCUCUUCUUUCUUGUCUGGGACUCGCUGCACUGCCUCUCCUUGUCCAAGUACCAGACAUCUGCGACGACCGGCCCGCCUCCACCUCGUAAUACGAAGCGCAUAUACAUAGCCUCACAGCACUGGAACAACGCGCGACUACUCCGGGAGCAUUGGAACAACGCGCUGGUAGCUUUGGUACAAGAGUUGGGUGUCGAGAACGUGUUCGUAUCGAUAUACGAGAGCGGCAGCUAUGAUUAUACCAAGGGCGUACUGGAAGAACUCGAUGCUGCGCUGGAACCUCUGCAGGUGAAGAGGUCGAUACAACUCUCCGACAGAUCGCACACGGAUGAGAUCGCGCAGUCGCCGACAGACCACGGAUGGAUCAAGGCAUCGGACGGGGAGACAUACUUGAGGCGCAUGCCCUUUCUGGCGAGCAUACGGAAUCAUGUCUUUGAGCCCUUGGAACGCCUGGCUGCGGAGGGCGAGCAUUUCGACACCAUAUUGUUUCUCAACGACGUGGUGUUCACCCCAGAAGACGUACUGCGAUUGCUGGACACCAAUGGCGGUCGUUAUGCGGCAGCCUGCUCCAUCGACUUUAAGAAGCCGCCGCAGUUCUACGAUACCUUUGCGCUCCGAGACUCAAGCGGCCAUGAAGCCUUGAUGCAAACUUGGCCUUACUUCAGAUCGUACGCCUCGAGGCACGCAGCCGAGAAGCUAUUGCCAGUGCCCGUCUCCUCAUGCUGGAAUGGAAUAGUUGCUAUGCCCAUCGAGCCCUUCCUCGCCAGCCCACCCUUACGCUUCCGCGGUAUACCCGACUCCCUCGCAACAUCACAUGUUGAAGCGUCUGAGUGCUGCCUGAUACACGCCGACAAUCCUCUCUCCACGACCAAGGGUGUCUUUCUCAACCCCAAUGUCAGAGUCGGCUACAACGGUACCUCGCAUGAUGACGUACACUCGCCGGAAGUCAUACUGUCUCCAUUUCAGAUAUUCCGAUCGUUAUGGAGGAGUCGCAUUUUGAGGUGGACUACAACCAGCUUGUUCAAGGAGCAGGUCGUACGUAUGAAGUUGGGAAAGUGGACUGCGGAAACAAAGAAGUCGGAGCCCGGCGGCUUUUGCCUUGUCAACGAGAUGCAAGUCAUUAUUGAGACCGGGUGGAAACAUAUGUAG